AGUUCCUUUUUUUGAAAGUAGAUCUAGAGUAGAGACCCGUCAGACAGUGUCACCCACUCUACUUCACUAGAGUCUAGAUCUAGAUCUGCUCCUCUAGAUCUAGAUCUACAUCUAGACCACUAGAUCUAGAUAGAUUUUAUUUGAAUUAAGCAAAUACUGUCUAGAUCUACACUAAAUUCAUACUGAGAUUGGGAUUGAUGUCGAUGUACAUGUAGCCAGGGUUGACUCCCAUUUUGGUUUCACUAUGGAUGAGCUUGCUUCUGAUUUUGUAGCAGAAAGCUUUGCUAAAGACAAUUGGGAUCUUUUGUACCAAUUUUACCAAAGCCAGACAUUCUGCGAUGUUGAGAUUACAAUUGGAAACAAGCAUUUCCACUGCCAUCGCCUGGUCCUGGCCUGCGUUUCACAAUACUUUAGGGCCAUGUUCAACUCUCGGAUGGCCGAGGCCACAGAGAAGUCCAUCACCAUUAAAGACAUUGAUGAGGAGGCCAUGGAGAAGCUGAUCCAGUUUGCAUACACUUCCCACAUCCGACUCAACACAGACAAUGUGCAGUCGAUAUUAUAUGCUGCUUCUAUCCUGCAGAUUGAGGCAGUCGCUAAUGCUUGUAGCAGGUUUAUGCAAUCACAUCUUCACCCUUCCAACUGUAUCGAGGUUCGCAGUUUUGCCGAAGCACACAACAGAGUGGAGCUGAUCAAAACUACUGACAACUACAUUCGAGAUAACUUCAUCCCUGUCUCCCAAACGGACGAGUUUCUCUCCAUGCCGAUAGACAUUUUGGCAGCCCUGGUGUCUUCCCCUGAUCUAAAUGUUGACAAUGAGGAGCAAGUUUUUGUUGCCGUCUUGACUUGGAUCAAACAUGACCUUGAACAUCGUUGUCAUCACUUGUCUUCCCUUAUGUCCAAGAUCAAAUUUCCACUGAUGGAGCCAGCAUUUCUAUUAGAAAAAGUAGAAAAAGAUGAUCUGAUCAGAAAGAACAUUGAAUGCAGAGACUUUGUAGAUGAGGCUAAAUCUUACAGGAUGUCAUUAGCCAGCAUUGUUCCAGAGAUUCAGAUCACAGAAAGAUCUCGCCCCAGAAAAAGUUACGCAGGUGUGCUAUUUUGUGUUGGAGGAAGAGGAGCUUCUGGGGAUCCUUUCAAAAGUAUUGAAUGCUAUGAUCCACGACAAGAUAAAUGGUUUCCUGUGGCUGAUAUGACGACCAGGCGCCGGCAUGUUGGUGUCUGCUCUUACAAUGGUGUGUUGUAUGCUGUUGGCGGCCAUGAUGGCACAGACCAUCUACGCAGUGGGGAAAUGUUUGACCCCAGAUCAAACACUUGGAAAUCAAUAUCUCAGAUGGAAACAUUGAGAAGAGGAAUAGCGUUGGCGUGCUCUGGGGAUGUGAUCUACGCUGUUGGUGGGUUAGAUGAUGCAACAUGUUUUAACACAGUUGAAAGAUACGAUCCAGGCCGGGACAACUGGAGUUUUAUUGCGCCCAUGGAAACACCUCGUGGUGGUGUCGGCGUGGCUACUUUAAAGGGCCAGCUGUAUGCCCUGGGGGGCAAUGAUGGUACCAGCUCUUUGGACAGCUGUGAGAGAUAUGACCCUUACCUGAACAGGUGGAGCCCCAUAGCCCCUAUGUGCAAGAGACGAGCCGGUGCUGGUGUGGCUGUGUUAGAUGGCUACAUUUAUGUUGUUGGUGGAUUUGAUGACAACUCACCACUUGACUGUGUUGAAAAAUAUGAUGUCAAGACAAACACAUGGACACGAGUGGCUAACAUGUCCUGCUGCAGGGGUGGAGUUGGUGUCAGUGCUCUGGGUGGACGUCUGUACGCCGUUGGUGGCCAUGAUGGCUGUAACUAUCUCAACUCAGUGGAAGCUUAUGACCCUCUGACCAAUAAGUGGGAACCUGCUCAAGGCAUAGAGCAGUACAGAGCAGGGGCUGGAGUGGCCUACUGUGAUUGUUCUCCUAAACUGCUAAGACAGGUCACAUCUGCCAAUGUUACAGGACAUUUGUAAAAAAAGGAAAAGAACGUUUUGAAUCAAAACUUUGUUUAAAUGUCCAAGUGAUAUCAAAAGUCAGUGUUCAAGCAAAUGUGUACAAAUGUUUAUAUUUAUCAAGUUGUCACAAUUCUUUGCAAAUUGAUU